AUGCAGUUCCACAAUUUUACCUCUGAGCGCCGCUAUUUGACCAAUAAGAAGAAUAAUACCAAACAAGAUCCACUUGGAUUUUCAUGUAUCACAGAUCUUCAAACACAGACACAGCCAUUUUCUGGAUAUCCUCUUCAACAAAGCAUCAUCAUUGUUGCUUACAUAUUCAGGAUUUUAUAUACAUUAUUGAAACAAAACUUUUACAAAUUUUGGAUACUGCAAAAGCUAAAAGAAAUGACUCUUUAUUCACAGACAAACCAUGGACUCAAAUGGCAAGUAACCAUUUUCAUAUUAUUUUCUUGGCUGCAUCAAUCAGGUUUUGGUCAGAUUCACUAUUCUAUUACAGAGGAAAUGAGGAAAGACUCUGUUAUAGCAAAUAUUACAGAUGACCUUGGAUUUGAUAUUAAGCAGCUCUCAUCUAGAAAACUAAGAAUUGUAUCCAGAGCUUCAGAGAAAUAUUUUUUUAUCAGUCUUGAUAAUGGAAGUCUAUGUAUUAAAGAAAGGAUAGACAGAGAAACAUUGUGUGGGGCAGAAUACUCCUGCUACCUUACCUUUGAUAUUGUGAUUGAAAAUCCAUUUCACAUAUUUAAAAUCAAAGUAGAAAUUCUGGAUAUUAAUGACAAUUCUCCUACAUUUUUCCAUGAGACCUUCUCUGUUGAGAUUAUAGAGUCAGCUUUACCAGGAACAAGAUUUGCUCUGCAAAGUGCAGAAGAUCCAGAUACUGGUAUGAAUUCAGUGCAGACAUAUAAACUAAGUGAUAACCAGUAUUUUAUACUAAGUGAAAAGGUUAGACCAGAUGGCAGUAAAUUUCCAGAACUUGUGUUAGACAAACCCUUGGAUAGAGAGGCAGAACAUAUACACAUAUUAACUUUAAUAGCUAUUGAUGGAGGGGACCCUAUGAGAUCUGGAACUGCUUUAAUAAGCAUCAUUGUUACUGAUGCUAAUGAUAAUUUCCCAAUAUUUGGCAAAGAGAUUUACAGGGUCAGUAUACAAGAAGACAUACCUAUGAACACUAUUAUAGUAAAUGUUAAUGCCACAGAUAAAGAUGAAGGCAUAAAUGCUCAGAUUACAUAUUCCUUUAGUAAAACUUCAGAUAACAUACAUCAUACUGGCAUGUUUAUUAUUAACUCUAUAAAUGGAGAUAUUAAAACAAAUAGAAAUGUAGAUUUUGAGGUGACAAGGAAUUAUGAACUCUCUGUGCAAGCAAAAGAUGGAGGUGGUUUAAUUUCCCACUGCAAAAUAUUGAUAGAAGUUAUAGACAUGAAUGACAAUGUCCCACAGAUAGUAAUUAGCUCCCUAUUAUCUCCAAUCCAGGAGGACGCCAAGCCAGGUACAAUGAUAGCUUUGAUAGAAGUGCAUGACCAAGAUACUGGAUUCAACGGAGAAACUGACUGUGAAAUUGUUGAAAUUGUACCUUUUAACUUGCAAUUGUCAUCUGACAAUUAUUAUACAUUAUCCACAAGCAUGACUCUAGACAGAGAACAACAAGCCUAUUAUAAUAUCACAAUUGAGGCUACCGACAGAGGAUCUCCCCCUUUAUCCAAUAGAAGGACCAUAGGAUUGGAGAUUGCAGAUGUAAAUGAUAAUCCGCCAGUGUUUAUCACAUCUAAAUAUAGUGCAUACAUUCCCGAGAACAAUUUACCAAGAGCUUCUAUAUUUAGUAUAAAAGCUAUAGAUCCAGAUAUAGGACACAAUGCUAAAAUUAUUUAUACAAUUUCAACCAAAGAUACAGAAAACCUAUCUAUGUCAUCUUUUUUUUCCAUGAACAUAGAGACAGGAGUUCUUUAUGCCCAAAGGUCAUUCGAUUAUGAACAGAACAAGAGUUUUGAAAUACAAGUAAAUGCAAAAGACAAUGGAUCCCCACCUCUGGACAGUAAUGCGACAUUGGUUAUUAACAUAGUUGAUCAGAAUGAUAAUAGCCCAAACAUUUUGUAUCCAUCUACAGAAAAUGGAUGGCCAGGUGGGUAUGAAAUGGUUUCUAUCAUGGCUGAACCAAGAUCUUUAAUAACAAAGGUGGUAGCAGUGGAUCCAGACUCCGGCCACAACUCCUGGCUCUCCUAUCAUUUCAUACAUGUGACAGAGCCAUCAUAUUUUAUUAUUGGUGAGCACACAGGAGAAAUAAGAACAACUCGGGCAUUUCAAGAAAAGGACACACUGAAGCAAAAGGUUGUGGUGAUGGUGAAAGACAAUGGAGAACCAUCUCUCUCAGCUACUGUAACCAUAAAUGUUUUUUUGACAAAUAAUAUUCAAGUGGCUCCAAAACUCACUAACCAAAUUGAAAAUGAAGACACACAAUCAAAUUUACACUUAUAUCUAGUAAUAGCGCUUGCUCUGAUUUCCUUGUUAUUUAUUUUCACUGUCAUGAUUGUUAUAAUAUCAAAAUGUAAAGAAUCUAAAUCUUUAGAAACAACAUUUGGAGCAGUAAGUACAAACUUAUAUCCUCAAAUUGACUCCAGAAUGCUCUCCUUGUACAGUGAUGGAAGUUUACCCUUUCCCUACUCAUACAAUGUUUGUGUGGCUUUGGAUUCAACUGAAAAUGACUUUGCUUUUGUUAAGCCACAGCAAAAUGUUCCUGUGGAUAACCUUCUUGAUGCUAAUGAUUCAGGACUUGGGGAUGAAAGUUUAAAAGAAGCAUCACCAACUACUGAACAGAAAAGUCACAAAGUGCCCUUUUGUGCAAAAAUGGACAGCUGGUGGCUGGGACAAGAAGAAAUUAGAAAAGAUUCUGUUAUAGCAAAUAUUGCAGAUGACCUUGGAUUAGAUAUUAAGCAGCUCUCAUCUAGAAAACUAAGAAUUGUAUCAAGAGCUUCAGAUAGAUAUUUUAAUGUCAGUCUAGAUACUGGAAAUCUAUAUAUUAAGGAAAGGAUAGACAGAGAGACAUUGUUUGGGGCAGAAGCUUCUUGUUUCUUCACAUUUGAUGCUGUGGUUGAAAUCAUUUAA